GGACAUCCAAGCUUCCAUACGAUGACGAACAGGGAAAUACAAGGGAGGAAAAAAGCACCGGUGAGAAACUGUUCACCUGAACUAUGGCUGGCUCAAGGAAACUGGCAGCUGUCCGCCUGCCUCCGUUGCCGACUGUAGGUGAACUGAUAAAGCUGUACAACCUGCGAGCUGAGAAACAAUUGUCCCAGAACUUUCUGCUGGACCUGAAGCUUACAGAUAAAAUAGUGCGUCAGGCAGGUAAUUUGAAGGGUGCUCAUGUGUGUGAGGUGGGUCCUGGUCCGGGCGGCCUCACCCGCUCCAUCCUCAGUGCUGGGGCAGCGGAUCUGCUUGUUGUGGAGAAAGAUACGCGCUUCAUCCCUGGGCUUAAGCUGUUGUCUGAGGCGGCACCAGGCCGGGUGAGGAUUGUCCACGGUGACAUACUCAAUUACAGGAUGGAUCGAGGAUUCCCAGCAAAUAUCUCAAAGAAGUGGGAAGAAGACCCACCAAACCUUCACAUCAUAGGGAAUCUGCCAUUUAACGUCGCUACCCCGCUCAUCAUCAAGUGGCUGAAAAACAUAGCCGACAGAACAGGGCCCUUCACCUUUGGACGCACCCAACUCACGCUCACUUUUCAGAAAGAGGUGGCCGAGAGAUUGACAGCCAGCACAGGCGCCAAACAGAGGAGUCGUCUUUCCAUCAUGGCUCAGUAUCUCUGCACUGUCCACAACUGCUUCACCAUCCCUGGACGGGCCUUCAUUCCCAAACCAAAGGUGGACGUGGGAGUCGUUCACUUCACCCCCCUGGUCCAACCCCAGAUCCAACAGCCCUUCCAGCUGGUGGAGAAAGUCGUCAGGAACGUUUUCCAGUUCCGCAGGAAGCACUGCUAUAAGGGAGUAGAAAAGUUGUUCCCCGAGGCGUGUCGUGACGAGCUCACACAGGAGAUGUUGCAGAAGGCAGAUGUGGAUCCCAUUCUCCGCCCUACAGAGCUCACCAUACCCCAUGUCAGGGCUCUAGCAGAUGCCUAUGCCCAUCUCUGCACCCGUGAACCCGGUCUCCUCAGCUACGAGUUCAGAGAGGAGCUCAGGCUAAAGCAUCUCCUUCGGAAAGGAGAAACACCAGUGGAUGCAUUUAUGGACACGUCGGGCAGCACACUACAGAGUCCUCUGCAGCCCUGCUGAAAAAAUGCUUGGAAACUAUCCUCCGUUAGCACAGGGUGACAACAAACUGCUCUUAGCCUUGACGUUUCCACCUGGCAUCAGCAUGAAUUUUUAAAAUAUUUCCUCUGCACCCAAGGAGCAAUAAGUAAUUUGGUGUACAUGAAAUCGUGGGACACCAACAGGAAAGAGAAGGCACAUAAAGAUCCGUUAAAACAUUUCCUUGGAUGCCUGUGUUUUUGGGAGGAUACAGAAAUCAGCAGCUCUUUAAGACUAAGACUCUCUUGAUGUCCUAAUUUUGGCUUCAUAUCCAUCUCACAAAACACCUUGUCCUGUGGGACCUGAAAGAAAUGUUGGUGUGUUUUCAGGGUGAUUCAGAGAAUGAGAACAACAUGGCAGCACCAUAUCCAGGACGCUUAUUCCUUUCAGUGUGCAUUGCUUAGUCACUUGGGAGACAGAGCUUAAAGGGACAAAGAAAGUGCUCUGAAUUUGUCAGCUGAAUAAAGACUCUGAUUAAGAUUACUUGUGGUUUUUGAAACAAUCUGUCCAUUGGAUUUUGCAAGUUGUUGUUUCCGUUGGAUUAUGUGAGUCUUGUAUGCUUGCAUACUGCUGUACAUGGUCAUUUGAACAAUCAGGACGCCAAGCCAAUUUUUUGGCCGUCAUCAUUGACUUUUGUAUAAUUAAAUCAGAAAUACUGAUGUCUAUACAUGUCAGAAAACCAUAUACAAGGGAUGUAUUUGAAAUAAAUGAACCUGCUGAUGUUAUUUCAGGAAAGACA